CGUGAAAGCUGACCCGACCAGUGGCUUGCUCCGUGAUAGCCAGGGUAAGAGAUCGAGCCGCACUGCCUGAUCACGUGGGUCAGGGCUCUUGCCCCAUCCUUCCACGGGGGACACGAAGCUCCAAUCACAACUGUCUGCAGCCUGGUUUCAGGAAGGAACCAUGGCAAAGCCUCGGAACUCCCUGAGCAACCGUUUUCAGAAGCUGAGCCUUUUGUUUCUCCUGAUUUGUCUGAGGACCAAGAAGCUGGCUGAUGCUGCUUUCCUUUGCUACAACUCCACUGUUAAAAAACCAACAUCUGAACCAUGGAGUCAGGAAGUCAUAGGCCAACUGAACAAAAGGUUUUUUAUUUACUGUAACAGUACCAACAACUGUUAUCCCAAUGGUGUUCUAGGAAAUAGACUGAGUGCCACAAAGAUCUGGGGAACACAGGUUGAGACUCUGAGAGAUUUAUCUGACCUGUUCAAACAGCAAAUGAUUCACAUGAAACAGGAGAAUAAUAUUACCAGAGAGCCCCUCAUUCUGCAGGCCAGGCUGUGUUGUUGGCAUGAAGCAGAUGGACAUUUCAAUGGAUCCUGGGACUUUGGCCUCAAUGGACACAAAAUGGCCCAUGUUGACUCAAACACUGGAGAGUGGACUGAGGUUGAUCCUGGAUCCAGCUGGAUGAAGGAGAUGUGGGAGAAAAACAAGGAUUUAAUAGACUUCUUAUCCAGGAUCUCACAGGGGGACUGCAAGACAUGGCUUGAGGAGUUCAAGUCACAUUGGGAAGAAAAGCUGGAGCCUGCAGCCUCAACAACCACUACUCCACAUGUGGACCAGUCUUCAUCCAUGGCCAUCGAUCCUAAGAUAGCUGUCCUGCUGAUAAUCCUUCCCUACUCCCUUCUUCUCUUCUAUGUUUUCUGAAAAAAAUCCUUGGCAAUGACAGGUUGAAGAUGCUCCAGAGAAGUCGUGAGAGUUCAUCUGGUGCCACCACUCUCCCUUUCCAUCAGCCUCUACCAGAUGAAUGAGGAUGCUGCGGACACAGCAUUUCAUGUCUUUCACUCUGUGCCGUCACUUGGGCCCUUUCUUAUCACCUGGUACUGUUUCCUUGGUGUGCCCUGGUGGGAUUUGCUCUUAAGCGAGACUUGAACCAGAAAUUUGGAAAAGAACACGGUUAUGUACUCAUCUCUAGCAUAGGAAACAGGAUAACCCGAUCUCCUUAGUGGGAAUGUGAUGUUUUCACUCUUGUGUAUGUAACAGGUAAUAUUCAAACAUCUCAGGUAUCACUGAAGGAAACCUGCAACAACGAAUCAUAGUAAAUGGAAACUGAGGACCAGCUGUUUAAUAGAAAUCACUGGUAACUGUAACAGGGUCCCAUAUCUUAGCACAGCUGACUCCAUGAUGGAAGUGCCAUUCACACUGUAAAACUCAGCACAUAGACAGCACUACCUGCCAAAACUAAAACAAAGGCCUAAUCCAUCCAAGUUCAUAGUUGAGGGAUAGUCUCUGAAUGUACUAACUUUGCUUUCUGGCUUCUGUACUCCCACUUCUGGCUAACCAUUCUUGACUAAAG